AGCGGAAAUGUUUACUUGCCCUAAGACGCACAGUGAUGACGUAGUAGGGAACGGGCUAGCAAAUAACAUGGCACAACCUUUGAAUCACCGAGUAGCAUGUGUUUCAUAAACCCGGUAGUUUAGGUAAACUAUAAUUUGUUGAUUCGUUAUACUUUAAGUUUUUAUUAUUACUAUUAUUUUUAAUUCAAGCUUUACCACGCGACAUCUUCUGUCUAUACAUCUUUAAAACCUCUAUGGCUUUCUCUGUCAGGUCAGUCAUGUUUACCAAACGAAAGAUAUUUGUUUUUUUAAAGACAACCCGUUCGUUUUUUUCAGCCAACAACAAUAUCCUCCCCUACCAGAGGAAACCAAAGUCUAAUAAACAAUGGAGAAACAGUCGAAAAAAAUCUUCCUUGUCCAAACAUGUAUCUUGGGAGGACAGGCUGGCUGAUGUGGUCACUCCAUUGUGGAGGUUAAGUUAUGAUGAACAACUUGAAAUCAAGCAAAAUGCUCAGGAAAGAAUUCUGUCACGGCUCUGCCAGGAUCUUUCAGAUGAUCUGUGCCCAUCAUUCAGGAGAGGUAAAACCAGCUUCCCUGUCCUAAAUAUUCUGCCUUCUCCAGUUAGAGAUGGCUACCGCAACAAGUCUUCAUUUUCUGUUAACAGAGGUGUAGAUGGAAAUCCAAAGACAGUUGGGUUUUACACUGGCUCAUGGAGGGAGAAAAACGUGGUCUGUGUGAAUGGAGAUCACCUGCUCAACAUGUCUGAGAAGCACAAACAGGUGGCUCGAUGCUAUCAGGACUUCAUCCGCAUGUCCCCCCUGGAGCCCUGUCUGCUGUUUCACUCAGGUGGUCAUUGGAGGGAGAUCACAGUGAGGACUAACACACAGGGACACACUAUGGCCAUAGUCUACUUUCAUCCACAGACCCUUGCACCAGAAGAAGUGGCAGUCCACAAGGCUGCUUUGGUGGACUACUUCACAUCUGGUCCAGGAUCAGUUUGUCAGCUGGACUCACUGUUUUUCCAGGAGAACACCAUGACUCGAUGCACUCAUGAAGUAUCCCCCUACCAGCACCUGUAUGGACAACCGUACAUAUAUGAGAAGGUUUUGGACUUCAAGUUCCGGAUCUCUGCCGAUGCCUUUUUCCAGGUGAACCAGGCAGCAGCCGAGGUGCUCUACGGUACAGUGAGAGACCUUUGCAUACCAAACAUAGACAAAGGAGGAGAAAGGACAAAAACUGGAGGCACUCUUCUUGAUGUGUGCUGUGGGACAGGAGCCAUUGGUAUUACUACAUCUCCCAGAGUGGACAGAAUCAUUGGCAUUGAGCUUGUGGAGCAGGCAGUGGAAGAUGCCAGACAUAAUGCAGCACUUAACAACAUACUGAACUGUGAGUUUAUACCUGGGAAAGCAGAAGUGGUGCUUCCUCACCUCAUGAACCAGUUUAGCUCCACAGACCAACUUACAGCUGUGGUGAACCCUGCUCGAUCUGGCUUGCACUACCGUGUAAUCAGAGCCAUACGAAACCAACACGCAAUUCGCAGGCUGGUCUACGUUUCCUGUAAACCAGAGGGCGAGGCCAUGAGGAACUUCAGGGAACUUUGCUGUGCUCCUGACCCAAAGAAGAAACUGACAGGAAGGGCUUUUACUCCAACUCUAGCUGUGCCUGUGGACAUGUUCCCUCAUACUCCACACUGUGAACUGGUGCUGCUUUUUGAAAGGUAGCAAAUAUUUAUUUCACAUGAAUGCUGAAUGUCAAGACCAACUAUAUACUUUGGUAACUGGUAUUUUAAUAAAGAUGAACCACGUGCUAUAACAUUCUAGUCAUAUUUCACUGCACUUUCACUACAGGUGUACUCAGGUAUUUGGGGUGUCAUGGAGAUUGAAGUGUUUUAUGAUAUUUGAUCAAAACUGGGAAUUCUAAUAAAAUUUGACUAUUAUCACUGUAGUAUUUAUCAAAAUGGAACAUCAGAAUGAAGACAGAAUGAAAACCAGAGCAUGGCCUGAAAAAUGUUGAAAUUGCAGUGCAGAUUCUUUCUCUGACUGUCGCAGAUGUUCAGUACCUUUCAUUGACAUAAAAGUAUUAGUGAUGGGAAUUCCAGCUCUUUUUGGAGAGCUGUUUUUUUUUUUUUUUUUGACUGACACACAAAUGCCACCACACAUCUUGACUAAUCUUGUGCUGCUUUAAGAUUGUUCAUGACCAAGCCAUCACUAAAAAGCAGACUCCUCCUCCUCCUCAGCUUUUCCUGGUGGUUUCAGUUGACCAGUCCAGACGGAUCGGGGUCCCAAACCUGCUUACUGUCCCAGCCCCAUUUACUAAGCCAGGACUUUGUCAGCACCAGGGGACAAAAUUGUCCUAUUUCUCAGAAUCCACACGUAACCGCUGGGCAGACUGCUGUUAUGGUGGAGUUAUGGUGUUUUCAGAUAUUUGACUUUGGAAAAGUAGGACACAAAAAAUGUCAAGAUCACCCAUUUCAGAACUUGUUGAAGCUCUAUACAUGAUGUAUGUGUGGUAAAAAUUUAAAGGUUCCAGCUGUUUUUUUUCCAGGGUUAGAGUGUUUGCAAGAUGUGUCACAGACGGACGGACAGACAUACAUGCAGACAACAAUGCCCCCUUUGGUGGGCCAAGGGGGUGGAAACAUUUAAUAAAUCUGCUCAUGGAUGAGUGAAAAGCAGUGUGCCUUUUUGUAAGUUCCAAAACUAAU